AUGAGGCAGAGAUACUCGCCAUGGUUUUGUUGGACGCUUUUCCUGCUGGCGCUGAACGUGGCAACACCGCCGUCUGGCGCAGGCGCUAGUGGCAUUAAUGGCAAUUCCAAAGAUCUCGCCAAGCAAGCUGCUUCCGCUGUGCUAUCCAGCGAUGUCGCGAAGCGCCUUGUGGCCCUUCUGGCCGAAGUUAGGGCCCUAGGAGAGGACCUCCGCGCCGCCGGGGACGAGUGGCUGACCAGGCGGGCUGACGGCAUGGAGGCGGCCGCGGGGCGGCUCCGCCAGACGCUGCGGCCGGCUUCGGAGCGCCUGCAGCAGGCCUUUGGGCGGCAAUGCAGUCAGCCGGUCUUCACACCGCCGUCGGACGUCAAUGCAACCGUCGUGGGUCCUGGAUUGUCAUACACGCGGACCGGCGGCAGUUGCCAGCUACGCCGUAACGCGCAAGCGACGCAGCGAGAUCUCAAUUUGACUUGCAACAACGCCGGGGUCACCAUCACUCGCACGGCAGCGCGCUACACCUCCGCCUACCAGGCGCCCGCCACUUUCGUAGGCACGGAGUGUAAGCGCAGCUAUCAGUUCGGGCUGAGUGCCACUGUUACUGUGGAUUUGUGGCGCCCUGGCGCGCGGCCCAGUGACGCCGUGGCCACGUGGCAGCAGCGGCUGGGCAGGCGGCGACAGCGCCGUGCGGAGAUGCAACAGUCCUUUGCCGGCCGGGUCGGGAACGGCGGCGGCGCUGGGUUUGGGGGAUUCGGCGGCGGGGGAGGUGGCAACGGCGGCGGCGGGGGAGGUGGCAACGGCGGCGGGGACAUGGCCCAACUGUCCCAGAUGCAUGCCGUACCCGCGGAGGCGCUGCUUGAGGCGUUGACCAGGCGGGCGUCAGGAGGGCUGCUGCUACAGCCUCCUCCGCCGCCGCCACCACAUCCGCCGCCGUGGUCAUUUAACACUUUCACAGCCACUGCUUCCAGCCCAGGCGGCGGCGACGGGGAAGAGCAGCAGCAGCAGCAACACGGCGCGGACAGCGUCUUUCUGAGUGCCCCCGGUGGUGUUGGCGGACCAGGCGACGGCGGUCAUCAGCAGCAGGGAGGUACUGGGAGCCCGGCAGGAGGGAGCGUGUGGGCCGCCGCUGAUGGCGUCGCCGCGGCAGGGGGGAGCGUGUCGGAUGUGUUUCACAUGGUAGGUCAAGCGGGUUUGGCUGCGCUGCGCGGGGAGAUGAGCUCGGAGGCAGCAGCCACCGCAGCAGCAGCGAGCCCAACGACCCGCGGGUCAUCAACACCGCCUUGGGCUAUACGCCGCAACCACCCACGUGACGAUGAGGAUUCCAAGGGGAUGGCAAACGAAGGCAGCGGCAGCUGCUGUGCCGCGGAGCGCCAUUCGGAUGUGCCGCAAGGGAAGCAGAGCGCUAGGCGCAUUCAUCCGCCGGAAGGCAUGCGCAAAGCCGAGGUUGGGAUGAAGGCUCUUGAAAGGUUCGUGCAGAGGCAGCCCAGGCAUUACAUUACGACAGAUCCGGAUCUGAAGGACUCGAGGGCGCAUGAGGUGAAGAAGAAACAGAAGAAGAAGGACGGGAAGAAGGAGGGGAAGGGGAAAGGGAAAGGGAAGGAGGAGGCAGAGGUGCUUGAGGAGGUCGACGGCGGCGGUAGUGAGGAGGGGAAUAGCGGAGACGUCGACAGCGCCGCCGUCCGCGACGCCGCCAUCGCCAAGGCCGCCGCAGCAGCAACAGCAAUGGCAGCGGCGGCUAGAGACGCGUCAUUGUUCCUUGACGACCGCCAUCUCGCUGCCGUCGUCGCUGUCAUUGCCUUCGCCACUGAUUUCGCCCCUGCCGCGCGGCCCACACCAUCGCUCAGCGCAGGCGCAGCGGCGGCGGCGGCAGCGGUACCGCCGUCGCUGCUAUCCGCGCAACUCCUCCAAUGCUUCACUCACACGGGUUCGCAAGAGCUACAGCUGGCACAAUGGACGCCCCCGCCGGCGCCCCCGGCUUCGCCGCAGCAGCAGCUGUACAGCAGCACCUCACUGUCACUGCCGUCGCCACCGAUGCCGCCCCCGCCGCUCCUGCAGCAGCGUCAGACCGCCGCCGUCACCGGCGGCAUUAGCGUUAGCGUUAGCUGCAGCACCACUAGCGCCGCCAGUCUUAGCAGCUGCUCUGCCCGCUGCGGAUCGGUACGGCAGGCAGCGGCGGCGGUCGACAGGGCGCUGACGGCAGCGGCAGCGUUGGCGGCGGGCUCCUCGGACACUGGCAGCGGCGGCUCCGACGGCAGCGAGGAGCAAUGCUGUCGUGUGUGUCUGGAUCCCGUUAGUGAAACGGAACUUCAGUUGGGAACUGCACUAAGGUUGGGAUGCAGGUGCGGUGCGGGUUUGGACCUGCUACACCGUGCCUGUGCGGACCGGUGGUUUCGGGGCGUCCGCUGCUGUACCACAUGCGAGGUGUGCGGUGCGGAGGCGACCAACCUACCCGCGCAGAUGCGGGCGGCCAUCCGAUGGCAACAGCUGCUCAAUCCACGUGGCCGCGGACCCGUGGGUCGUUCGGGGGGCCCCCUGUCCCUGUCCUCGCUUCCCUCCUUCCUCGGCCUCUACACUCUCGUGUGCCUCAUCCCUGCCACCUUGAGCUCCCUGCUACUCGUGAUCUUCUACCUCCGGCACUUGGGCGUGGGGGCGGGACCCACGAUGGCCCUCUCCAUCCUCACAGCAUCUGGCACCAUCCUACACUGGGUUUACGUGCCGUACAGGCCGCUGUUCCACGUGCUCUUCUGCACCACAGCCCUCACUUGCGUGUUCGCUCAGACCCUGCUGCUCAAGGCCCUGUGCCCCUCGUGGCGGCCGUCGGUGGUGGCGGCCGUCGGCGCGGCAGUGGGGUUUAUGGCGGGCGCGUCGCUCUUCUACGGCCUGCUGAACCCCCUGGUGGCGCUGCUGCGGCUCUUCCUGCCGCAGCUCUGGGCGGCUUGGCGGCGGCGUCGGCAACAGCAACAAGCAGUGUCGGGAGCGGCUUGGGUCAUUGAGCACAUCGUCUUGCAACUGUUUUACACACCGUCAACGGGUGUAACGAAGACCAUGCCUGGGCCCCCACUUGAAGAGGGCGAGCUGGAGGAUGGGGAAGUUCACGAGGACAAGCAUGCGGACUUAGAGGAAUCAGGCGAAGCUUCCGGCUGCGACGGCGAAGAUGACGCGGGGACCUUGGCGGCUGACCAUAACCAGCACGACCAGACGCAGCAACAGCCGCUGCGCGCAACGUCCGGGCAGCUUGGCCUGAACACGUCGCCGCUGCCGCCACCGCCGCUGCUGCUGCAGUCGCCCUCAGGCGCGUCCCUCCCGGCACCCACGCGCAGCGGGCGCGCGCCAGAUACCGGCGUAAUACCUUCAAGCAGCGCCAUCAGCGACGGCGGCGUUCACCAGGCCCAAGCUGGCCCGCCCAAAGGCCGGCCCCGGCCACAUGGCCACGACCCCAGCGCCAGCGGUAACGCGCCCGCGGUCCGCAGCCGCUUCCGCGCACCUGACGGAGCCCAACCGGGCCCUUCGGACUCCCUACCGUCUUCCCAACAGCAGCAGCCUCCGCCGCACCCUUUCUCCCCAUCAGGCGCGUCUUCCCAGCCAUCCUCCCAUUCCCAACACCCGCAUCCACACCCUCACUCUCUGCCACUGCAACGCCAAUCACACUCGUAUGCCGGAGGCCCGGGUACCGCCGGUGGCCCCGCCGGCGGACAUCCUAGUCCCGGGAGGCCGCUGCUGGCCGGGCAGGGACCGGGAGCCGCCACCGCCGGCGCAGCGGCCGCUGCUGCCGCCGCCGGGGGCCCCGUCGCUGUCCGGGAGGAUCGCGAAGUGGAGGAGCUGACGGGACUGCUUCGCGAGCUCACGCGGGGUUGCAGCUUCCAGGAAGUGAUGCGCUCGUUGGAGGCUGUGUGUCGGGACCUAAAACAGGCAAUUAAGAAGCUGGAUAAGCUGUUCAGGAGAGUCAAGCGGCGCAAGGGCGAUUCCAUUGAGGAUUACCCCGACUGCUUCCAGUUUUCACGGCGCAUCCUGGAGGGCCUUACGUCCAUCAAUAAAUUCAGCGCUACCAGUGCCUUCCACGCCGCACCGCCAAGCGGCGCCGAGGCGGCUCGUGCGCUGUUCAAGGCGGCCAUGAACUACCGUCACGACAUCUUUAACGCCAGCCUCAAAGCCGAGCUCGAGGACUUGGUACGGAACUCCAAAGCAUUCAAAUGUGUGCUAGAAAAUAGGCACAGGAGCGGCGCGACGGCGCCGGCUGCGACGGCGCCGGCGCCGGCUGCCGCCGCCGCUGCGCGGCCCCGGAGCGGCAGUGGCGGCGGCGGCGGCGGCGGCGGCACGGAGGGUGCGGACAGGACGGACAUGAGGGCUGGGGAAGUAGCCGCGGGCGCAGAGGGGCAGCUGGCACCGCAGCCGCCGCCGCAGCGGCAGUCGCGGUCGAGGUCUCCGCCACCGCUGCCGCCGCCACCCCCCGUGGUGGCACAGACCGCGACGUCGGAACCCGAGCUCAUGGAUACGGGGGGAGAGGAUGGCCCUGGCGCUGCAGCGGCAACGGCGUCGGCGCCGCCGCCGCCGCGAGGGAGCUCCUGCUCACCCGUACGGAGCGAUGAGGAUGGCGGUGGUGCUGGCGGCACAGUGCCACCGCCUCCUAAAGACGACUCCCCGCAGCUACAGCUACAGCGGCUGAAUUCCGCCACUGGUGGAACUGGAGUACGGUCUACGACAGGGCGAUCCGGCGCUGGCGGCGGCAGCGGCGGCGGCGCCGCUGGAGGUUUCAAGCUCAAGAUCGUAGUCGCGAGCACGCCCGGGGAUUUGGACGCAGCAGCGGCGGCAGGAGCGGCAGCCACGUCUGACGUGGCGGCGAAUGGCGCCUGGCCCUUAGCCUCCGCCGCCGCGGGUGAUGGCAGCGGCGGCGGCGGUGGCGGCGGCAGGACCCGGUCGCUGACGCCGCAGGACGCGGACACAGACCUGGAGCGUCCCCGCGCAGCCAAACGCAGCCGUGUCAGUAAGGAGCUGGUGGAGACGGGGGUCCCAGGCGCGCUGCCGCCACCUCCGUCUUCGCCCCUGGCCUCUGUCGGGACCGUACUCCGUUGGGACCACCCUGAUCAGCACCCCGUGGCUGAUGUCCUUCGGGAGCAGCAGCAGCAGCCGCAGCCGCACUACUCUUUGCAGGAACAAGAGCAAUCGGCGUUGGGCAUGAUGGCUCCUGGAGUGCUGCUGCCGCCUCCCGAGUCACCCGUGUCGGAGGCGGGCGCCGACAGCGAGGGCGGCGCCCUGCAUGGGGGAGUUUUGGAGCCGCCGCCGGCGCCCCUUACCGCAGGAGCUGCCGGCCCCGUAGCUACGGCUGGCGGCGGCGGGGUCUCUGAGGGCCAGGUCCAGGGCGCGGCCCAUGGGUCGGUCAGCAGCAGCCAUUCGGACCGGGAUCGUGAUCGAGACCGGGACAGGGACCGUGGCGGCGGUGGCAGUGGCGGCGCUCGGGAGAAGGACGGGAAGGAGGGCAGGGACGGUAGGGAGCGGGACCGUGAACGGGAGCGGGACCGCGAUCGGGAGCGGGAGCGGGAGAAAGAGCGUGAGAAGGAGCCCAAGGAAAAGGAUAAAGACAAGGAGAAGGACAAGGAGAAAGAGAAGGAGCGCGACAGAGGCCGCGAUCGGGAGCGGGAGCGUGACUCUCGGCACCGAAGCCGACAAGAUAAGGACUCCAAAGAACGUGACGGCGGCAAGGACGGCGGGAAGGACCGUGACGGCGGGAAGGAUAACCGGGAUAGAGACCGGGAAAAGGACAAGGAGAAGGAGAAAGAGUCCAAGGUGGAUAAGGACCGGGAGCACGGAGGCGCAGGCCGUUCCUCGUCAUAUCGGCACCGCGACCGCGACACAGGGUUGCCGCUGCCGCCACCGCCGCCGCCGCCGACUGACGCCUCGUCCCUCCUCGGCACCGCCGCCGCAGCGGCGGCAGCAGCAGCAGCGGCGGCGGCGGCUACCAAGCAGGAGCUGUUCGAUGGUCCGCCGGCAGGGCUGGGAUCUGGGGGCCGUUCGGCGGCCGUGACGGCCUCGUCAGAGGAUACCGCGGCGGCGGUGGCGGCAGCCGCUGCCGCCGCAGGUGGCGGCGGCGGCGGCGGCGGCGGCGGCGGAUCCGCCACCGCCGCGGAGGCAACGGUGGGGCUGCUGUCUCGCGGCAAGCUGGUUCUUGUCGUUGACCUGGAUGGGGUGCUGGCGGAUAGCUGUUGGGACGAUCAACUGGAUCCGGCGGCGGCGGCGGCGCUGAGCCGCCACGCGGCGGCGGAGGCGGGCCUGCCCGAGGACCGUCGGGAGCUGUUCCGGCUGCCGCUGGACGCCGGCGCUACCGCCGGCGCUGCCUCCGGCGGCAGCGGCUUGUGGCUCAAGCUGCGUCCCGGCGCACGAGCCUUCCUAGCUCGCGCGCACGAGCGGUUCGAGCUGUGGGCUCACAGUCGUCAAGGCCGACCCUAUGCAGACGCCGUCGUGGAGCUUCUGGACCCUUCCUUGGCGCUGUUUGGCAGUCGAGUAGUGGCGCAAGGAGAGCUGGCGCGGCGGCUGCUGACGGCGCUGGAUGCCCGUGCGCCCAUCACGGCCAUUCUGGACACGCCCAGUGCCGCCUGGAUGGGCGAGCAGCUAGCGCCAGGGCUGCUGCCGUUGCCGCCAUACUCGUACUUUUCCUACCGGCCGGCGUGUACUGCGGAUGCUGCGGCGGGUGUUGGAGGGGGAGGGGCUGCCCCGGGGGCGAGGACCUUGGCGCCGUCGGCGUCGGGCAUGGCGGGCAGGUCCUUACUUGAAGUGAACAGAGAUGAGUGUCCCGAGCGCGGCGUACUGGCGGCCGCACUGCCGCUCCUAUACGUGCUGUACACCCGAGUGAUGUCGACGUACGGCGCCGCGGCGACAACGACGGCGUCGUCGUCUGCGGGCAGCACGGCCGCCGCCGCCGCCGCCGCCGCCAUUGCCAAACCGCCAACCGACGGGCCGCCGCCGCCGCCGCCGCCGGCACCACCGCUGGCGGGUCUGGAGCCGUGGGAUGUACGGCGGGUGUUGCGGGAGCAGCGGCAGCGUGUAUUGGCGGGGUUUCAUAUAACUUUUAGCAGGGUGUUUACCAGCGGAGGCGGAGGCGGUGACGGCGGCGGCGGCGGCGCCGCGGGCCCUCAACAUCCCCUAUGGCGGCUGGCGGAGGCGUUCGGCGCCACAGUGGGCGCUAGCUGCAGUGACGCCACCACUCACGUAGUGGCGCUGAGCGCUGGCACGGAGAAGGCGAUCUGGGCGGCGCAGCACGGCCGCUUCGUUGUCUACCCCUCCUGGUUGGAGGCCUCCUGCUUUUUGUGGCGCAAGGUAGACGAGUCGCUGUUUCUGUUGUAA